CGAAGGGGCGGGAUCGAGGUUAGUGUUUGUUAGCACAGGUGAUGUGAUCUUCGGUCCGUGGCUCCAAGGAAACAUGGGGAAACUUCAGGAGUUUGAGAUUACAUUCGACAAAAAUAAAGUGGUGUACAGUCCAGGAGAGUCAAUAACCGGCGCAGUGACCAUCAAAGUGGCUCAGUCACUGCCGUGCAAAGCCAUCAAAGUGAACUGUCAUGGCUUUUGUGGCAUUACUAACAAGGUGAAUGACACAGCCUGGAUGAUGGAGGAACAGUAUUUCAACAGCACUGUCUCUGUUGCAGACAAAGGAACCCUGAAACAGGGAGAACACACAUUUCCCUUCAAGUUUCUCAUACCAGCCACUGCUCCAACGUCUUUUGAAGGCAACUAUGGCAAAAUAAUUUACAGAGUGAGGGCUUUUAUUGACACACCACGAUUCGCCAAGAAUUACAGCACAGAGAAGGCUUUCUACCUGCUGAGUCUCCUAAACCUGAAUAAGGUGGCAGAUAUUUGGGGAACUUCUUCAUCUGCAGUGACACAGCAGUUCACCUACAUGCUGGUGAAAACAGGCACAGUGGUCCUGAAGGCCCAGACUGACAUGAAGGGUUACACACCAGGCCAGAUCAUCCAAGUGACCACCAACAUCCACAACCAGUCUGGCAAGAGCACAGGCACUAUGGUGGCCAGUCUGAUGCAGAGGGUGACCUAUGAGAUGAAGAGACCCACCCAUGAUAUGAAGGCCGUAGUGGAGGUGGAGGGUGGUGUGGUAAAGCCUGGCAAGGAGGUGGAGUGGAAGGAGCAGAUCAUCGUUCCUCCUCUUCCUCAGUCCUCGUUGGUCGGCUGUGAACUCAUCAAGAUUGAAUACUAUGUUAAAGUCAGUUUAAAAUCUCCAGAUGUCAUGUUGACAUUACCCAUCCACAUUGGAAAUGUCUCACUUGACAAAACACUACACCCAUCCAGAAACGCUGAUGCAGCUUCCCCCGCUGUAGCUGAGGAAACGCCAGCGUCUGCCUCUGACACCACUCCCACACCAACCCCUCGCCCGGCCCCAAAGCCUGCUCCUCGUCCCACAGCACGCACCAGAGUGUCCUCCCAUAAUUCUCCCAGUGCUCCUCCAGCAGAGUUUCGUCAGGGAGUGGAAGGUGGAGCUCCAGUGAACGACAGCUUCUCCAGCAAGCGUCAGUCUCAGCUGGUGUCACCCAAUGCUUUCAGCUAUGCUCCUGGCCUUUCCUUCCCUCAGAACCAGCAGCCCACUGCUCCAGGUGCUGUGUCUGGUGGCUUCAGUGGGUCCACAGGGGCCUCGGCACCAUACCCUCCUGAGAGUGCUCCUGGAUUAGUAGCAACGCCACUUAUUCUCCCUCCGGACUAUGGCACCUCAUCUUAUCCACAAGAGGCCCCGCCUUCUUAUGAUGAGAGCUGCAACACAUGAAGUGGAUGGAGACCCAGGAAUCUCGCACCAGAAGGACUAUGACAUCGCUGUCAUGUGAAACUUAAACUGCAAAUCAUGACACUGAAUUUCCAAAACAAGAGCCACGUGGUUUUUAACAGUACAAACUAUCAUGGACCAAAUGAUUGUUAGACAGAACAAACCUACAUAUUUUAGGCCUCAACCCUCUAUUUGAGAUUCAGGAUGAAUGUAAAUUGGCCUCGGACUCUGCUGAACCUCUACUGUAAACCAGCCGUCCAAACAGUCUUUUUUUUUAAAAGCAAUGGUUUUUUUUUUGUAUUAUUAUUUGUUUUAAGCACUUUAAAUGAAAGAGGAAUUUUAUUUUCCAUUCUCUAUACUGUAACAGGAGUCAUGUUUUUAGUGGUAGAUACAGAUGUGGACGUUUCAGAGGUACGCCGAUGGAAAAGAAAUCACCUAGGAUUCAGUCUAAUAUUGUUUUUCAAGAGCCAAAUAAGAAAAAAACAAAGGAUAGGAUAGGUAGGAUAUUUUAAUUGGUUGAAUUUUGGGGCCUCUGUAAAGUACAACCCUUUUUUAAAUUACAUUUUAAAAGACUUUUUCUCUGGCUAAAAUCACCCCGUCAUACAUUUAUACAAGUUUUGUUAAUAAACUCAUAUUAACAUACAUUGGACCUUUAUGUUUCCUGUUGUUUAAUUGUGUUGCAUUCACUGGCUCUUUAGAAAUUGUGAUUUGUGUGUAUAUAAAUAUAUAUGUUCCUGUUGGAUAUGUGCUGGUUUAGUUUUUUCAGAUUUUUUAAAAAUAAUGCAGCGUCACGGCGAUUGAAGCUUUCACUUCGCCGUUCUUAAUAUAAUUCACACCAAAUAUUUCAAUCAUACAUUUUUGUGAAGUGUAUUUGAAUAUUACUUCAAGUUAAAACCAUCAAACAUACAAGACAAAAGUUUGUUUAUUGUUUAAUAUGUAUAUGGAUUCUAAUAAAUCUGUUCAAACGA